AUGAUAAAGGAUGCUUCUGGAUUGGCUGGUUUUUCUGUAGCUGGAGCAAGUAUUCUUGGCAGGCACAAUUCGGCUCUGGAGGCUGAGGCAGACGCUGCCAUGAAGGGGAUGCAGCUUGCUGCUCAUCUAAGGCAAAAGAAGUGGAUCCCUAGAGAAGCUAACCGGGUAGCUGAUGCCGCGGCGAAGCUUGCAAUGGUGAAGGUGUGUUCCUCGGAUUGGACCAGUCGUCCUCCGAACUCCCUCCGCAAAAUCCUGGAAUCUGAUGCCAUGAGACCGAAAAGAAAUUCCAAAAGAAUGGGAUUCCCCUUUAUAGAACUCUUCUCUUCUUCUUCCUCUGGUCUGUUGAUGUCGUCAACCAAGAAGCUCGUGAUCUUCAUCUUUAGUCUUUCUGUUGUUUUAGGGCACUACCCGAGAAUCGCAGAGGGUCGGGUGAAGUUACCACCGGGAAAGACAAUGCCGGCGGUUCUAGUGUUUGGUGAUUCGAUCAUGGACACCGGCAACAACAACAAUCUUAAGUCUGUUGUCAGAUGCAAUUUCCCUCCUUAUGGUCAAAACUUCCCAGGAGAAGUUCCAACUGGUAGAUUUGGCAAUGGAAAAGUCCCCUCAGACUUCAUAGCUCAAGCAUUGGGAAUAAAAGAGUUUGUACCUCCAUAUGCGGAUACUAGUCUAACACCUGAAGAACUCAGAACCGGAGUCUGCUUUGCUUCUGGUGGCACCGGAUACGACCCCCAGACACCCCAAUUAGUAUCAGUUAUAUCGCUAUCGGAGCAGUUGAACCAGUUCAAAGAGUAUAUAGGGAAGCUGAAAGCCAAUUUUGGCGAGCAGAGAACAAAUUACAUCCUCGCCAAUAGUCUCUAUCUGGUGGUCGCCGGCAGCGAUGACAUUGCCAACACCUAUUUCACUAUUGGCAUCAGAAAGGCUGAAUAUGACGUCCCUGCUUACACUGACCUUAUGGUCAAUUCUGCCACUAGUUUCCUUCAGGAUUUGUAUGCACUUGGGGGUAGAAGGUUCGGUGUUUUCAGUGCACCACCAAUAGGGUGUGUACCUUCACAGAGAACUCUAGCCGGAGGAAUUCAAAGGCAGUGUGCAGAGAAGUACAACGACGCAGCGAAGCUAUUCAACUCUAAGCUGUCAGCUAACAUGCAUUCCUUAAAUACACAGCUACCCGACAGUAGAAUGGUUUAUGUCGAUAUUUACACACCUUUACUCGAUCUCAUUCUUCACCCUACUAAAUACGGGUUUAAGGUGGCGAAUAAAGGGUGCUGUGGCACAGGAGCUUUAGAGGUGGCGAUAUUAUGCACCAAAUUGUCUCCGACGUGUGAAAAUCCGAAGGAUCAUGUGUUUUGGGAUAGUUAUCACCCUAGUGAACAAGCAUACAGUGUGCUCGUUCCUCCACUUCUCGAAAAAUAUGUAAACGACUUCUUCUGA